GGUUUUGGCACGCGACGUGUCUGCUAACCUUCAUCAUGCAUCUCUCACUAUCGUCGGCAACGACACUGCUCUCACUGUCGUCCUCAGCUCUUGCAUUUUAUCUUCCUGGCGCUGCACCUCGCAACUAUGCUCGUGGCGAAAAAAUUGACUUGUUCGUUAAUGCUCUUACUCCUAUGCUGGCUGGGAAUGACAAUGCAAAACUCAAAUCAUUAAUAAAUUAUGACUACUAUAACCCAAGAUUUCACUUCUGUCAACCGGAAGGAGGACCACAGAAGCAGCCGGAGUCCUUGGGGUCCAUCUUAUUUGGGGAUAGGAUAUUCGACUCGCCGUAUGAUAUCAGAAUGCUUGAAAAUAACGGCACUUGUCAAACUCUUUGCACGGUUGAUGUACCACCGGAAGAUGCCAAAUUCAUUAAUGACCGUAUUAUUGAAGACUACGCGUUGAACUGGCUUGUUGACGGACUCCCUGCUGCGGAAAUGAAGAUGGAUACGAGGAAUGGUGAUAUGUUUUUUGACAUGGGUUUCAAUUUGGGAAAUGACAAUGACAAUGACAACGACGAAGAACCAUUUGAUACACCGGCCCUCAACAACCACUACGAAAUUGUCUUACGCUAUCAUAGAUUCAGUGAAGGCGUUUAUCGGGUGGUGGGUGUGCUAGUAUGGCCGUAUAGCAUCGGUGGACCUCAAGACGGCGUCCCUACAUGUGAGACAGACGAAGACAAAAUCAAGAGCCUUGUCCUAGAUGAAAAAACCACGCAGUCUAUCCGCUACACGUACCGUGUAACUUGGAAUGAAUCCGCAACUCCUUGGGCGACGCGUUGGGAUAAUUACUUGCACAUAUUUGAUCCUCGAAUCCACUGGUUCAGCCUAAUCAACUCAGUUGUCAUUGUCAUCUUUUUGUGCGCUAUGGUUGGUUUGAUCCUCUACCGUAGCGUAUCCCGAGAUAUCUCUCGCUACAACGCGAUUGAUGUUAGUGAGGACGUGCAAGAAGACUGGGGAUGGAAGUUAGUGCACGGGGAAGUUUUCCGAACACCCAAAAACCCCAUGUUAUUAGCAGUCAUGGCAGGUAACGGGUCGCAACUUUGUGCAAUGGUUGCCAUCACUUUAAUAUUUGCACUCCUUGGUUUCCUUUCCCCUUCAAAUCGUGGUUCUUUGGCCACGGUGAUGAUGGUGUGCUGGUCGUUUUUCGGAGGGGUGGGCGGUUAUAUUUCUAGUCGGCUUUAUAGCUCUUUAGGUGGAACUAGCAAACGGAAGAAUUCUUUCUUUACUGCCACGAUACUCCCGACUUCGAUUUUUGCCGUCGUAUUCAUCCUCAAUUUCUUGCUGAUCAUGGCCGGUUCGUCGGGCGCGGUUCCAUUUGGGACAUUACUGCUGAUCAUUCUGAUGUGGUUCGGUAUAUCUGCCCCUCUCUCUGCCGUUGGUGCAUACUAUGGGACAAAGCACGGCGUAAGUGGACCACACCACUUCUACACUCAUUUCCCACAUUCCACAUUACAGGCCGUUCGCCAUCCUGUAAGGGUCAAUCAGAUUCCUCGUCAAAUUCCUCCCUCUCCGAAGUAUAUCAGACCUUGGACUGCGGCUUUGCUUGGUGGCAUUCUUCCAUUUGGUGCUGCGUUCGUCGAGCUCUACUUCAUCAUGUCCAGCCUGUUUGCUUCCCGAGCGUACUAUGCUUUUGGAUUUAUCGCUUUGACAGUAGGCGUUAUGGCCCUUACAACUGCCACCGUCAGUAUCCUCUUUACAUAUUUCAUGCUCUGUGCCGAAGAGUACAGAUGGCACUGGCGUUCGUUCCUUAUCGGGGGAGGAAACGCGUUUUGGCUUUUGGCGUACGGACUCUUCUACUGGGUAUCCCGUCUUUCUUUGGAUUCGUUCUCUAGCGUCGGGUUGUACCUAGGAUACCUUUUCAUACUCACCCUCCUUGAUUUCCUCGCCACAGGUACCAUUGGCUUUUUGGCAUCAUACUGGGCAGUCCGUAAACUUUACAGCGCCAUUCGGAUUGAUUAA